GUGAACAUCCCCAUGUCGUCCGCCCCUCCUCAAACGCAGCCUGAAGAUGGCCAUACAUUUGCCCGAGUGAUACAGUUCAUGAUCAACAAAGCUGCCAGCGGGUCAAUCAAGGAGCUCGACGGACUAUGCAACAUCGCGCAACAUUGGAAACCAGAGCAACUUCUGAUACUGCUCCCAGUCUUCUAUCACCACCUUGAUCCAGCUCGUAUCCCCGAUGUGGUUACUUCGAGGGAUGUGAGGAGUGUCAUGCUCGCAAGGUACUCCCUUAAAGGAGUACUGGUCACACUGAAUCGUGUCAAUCAUCCAAGGGAAUUAACGCAGUCGGUACAGGCCAUCGCUGACAACCUAAUAUCCAAUUGGAAUCGCUGUCAUCUCUGGGUCAAUUUCUUCUAUCGUCACUUCUUCGCCUCCAGCAACCCUGCUCGCCUUCCGGGUCUUCUUAUAACUAGAUCAGAAGCUCUGAAGCUAGUUGUCAACAUGUUGAUGCGGAUGAGCCUGAUCGGUGAUUCACAAACACCACAGUCACUCAUCAACACACCAUCUCUACACCCCAUUAUCUCGCAGCUGUGGUGCAUGGCCGUAAUGGGCAGCAAGGAACAAGGGGCAUUCCAGGAGCACAUGUCAUACGUGGUACAGGCAUGUCUGGAUGUUGAUCGUCCUGCUUUUGCGUCCACCCUUAUUCAUGUCGCUGGAGGCAUUAGAGCCAUGGCUUCUAUUACCUCCAAAUAUCUCAGAAAUAUCCGUUGUUUGUACAGGAAGAAAGUCGUUUCUGGACAAAGCAUCGAUGAUACAACUUCAUGCGAUUCUGUCUUUGGGGUGCCUCGUUGGCAAAUAAUGCUCAUUAAUUGCUUUGGGAAUUGUGCAAACCUACUAUUCGUUACUAGUCAACAGAACUGUGCCUUGCGAGAGGCCUACAUCGAUAGAAACCUCGUGGCCAUCGUUAUCUACACCCUUCGUGAUCUAUGUCAACUCUCUCAAACCCUGAAGCACGAUGACUUCGCCAAACACGUCAAGAAGGCGUUUGAGGAUGCUUUAGGCUAUAUUGCAUUACUCAUGGGAGGUCCUGUGGAUGACCUUAUAGCCGUUAUAUGUCAAGCCCUUCGGGCGCGAUUCCUCCCCACCAUCCUUCAAGCUCAUACCUGUAUUCCCGGUGCGGAUACGGCGGAAUGCCUUAAUGCAUUGUUGAUUACUGCCCUUCGUUCAUACCUCACGUUCGACAAAGUCUUGCGGAUCGCCGGGAGCGAGCUAGAGGCUGACGAGAAAUCGCUAGAUGCGAUUGCUCAGCGUGAUACAGACCUACUACAGGCCUGGAAUCUGUUCAAAAAAGAUGUUCGACGUUUCUUGGACCUUAGAAGCCAGAUACCCGCAGCAUCUAUAUUCUUCGAUCGUCAAUGCGCUGCUGUGCAUAACAGCGACGAAUGGCAUCCGCAAUGGGAUCUAUUCCAGUGUGCCAGGUGCACAGUUGCGAGGUAUUGUUCUAAACAAUGCCAGAACAUAGAUUGGGACCAGGGCCAUCGUAUGGCGUGCAAGUACCUCAAAGCUGCCAUCGGCGCGUCUUCCUACGUGAUCUCACGCAUUUUGCAUACUGAGACAUUCACAGGCCCGAAUACUUCACGAUAUAUCAGGAGGAGCCUCUUCCUUCUAGCCAAGAUCGAAGAUGCUGAAAUUCAGUCCCAUCGAGAGUUUAUCUCUCAAUUGUCGGUGACCGCUCAGGCAGAAUACCCGGAAUUCCAGGAUCGUCUUGUUCUUGAGAUCGAUCCUGUUGCAGAGGCACCCACAGACAAAUUCAAAUUCAAGCCGGUAUCCAACUAUCUUCAUAUCUUUCCGGAGGCAUCGGAACGUCCUUGGCAAGUGGCUAGCAAGUGGCGCCAGUCUACGGGACUGCAUAGCCUUUCCUUGCCGCCUGUGAUACGUAUUCACGAGGGAUACGAGAUAACGAAUCGACCGAAUUUGCUCUUCAGCCCAUCAACAGCGCUCAGGAUGGCGUUCAAAGAGCACGGAUUAGAUGCCAUCGUCAAUGACAACGCCUCAAGCGUUUAUUAUACUGGGAGUUCCCAGUGAUUGUACGUGCUGC